GUAACAACUAACAAGGCCUGCCGGCAUCUUUUUCAUCAUCAUCAUAAUUAUUUCACUGUUUGCUUUUGUUUCCCCUAUCCUAUCCUGCUUUCGCUCUCUUCCUUCCUUGUACCAGGACCGGAGAGUUUCUCCUCUGCCGCCCGCCGCCAGAUCUCCGGCCGCCCGCCCGCCCGGCAAUCACUCCUUCCUUACCUCCCUCACUGCUCUUUCUUUCUCUCUCUUUACUCACCACCGUCCGAUUGAAUUGAACACUCAACUCAUGUCCCCCUAAAACAUCAACAUACAUAGGUUCUCUUCUAUUCAAAUCCAUCACUCAUCCAUACCAUUUACUUUUUUAUUUCAACAACAAAUUCUUGUUACAUACCUCGCCUUUCUCUUUAACAGAUCUGUCUCUCUACAAACAGGCUUUCACAAAUGAAAUAAAUUCUGCUUUUUUCUUUCUUAAAUUCACCCACUCUUGCACAAUUAUAGGCUGGGUGGGGGGAACCGAGGCCGGAUGGAUUCCGGAAUAGGAGGUUGGAUUCCGGAUUUGAAGACAAACAGUGCAGCUGCUUCUUGGGUUCCACCUACACCCGCAAAGCCCAGUUUCACACCACUAUUCGACCCCAUCUGCAAAUCUGGUAAUGAAAACACCCAUCAGGUUCAACCACACACCCAUCAAGUUUCACUGGAUUUUUGCUUGAGCCCAGCACACGUUCAAGGGCAGGGAUUCCAGAAAUUAUUAUAUAGUCAAAAUGAAGAGUGUUUGAGAACAAUGUCAUAUGGGAAUCUCUUGGCACUUGCUGAAAGUGCAAAUAAACACAAAGCUUUCAGUUCCCUCUUUAGUUCACACAACACAGGUGGAAGUGCGAGUUGCUCCAGAGCCACUCUCAAUUUGAAUUUUCCACCUGUGGGAGAUGCUGACUCGAGCAGCAGCAUCACCUCAUUCCAGCAGUUUCCCCCCAUCAGCCCCCCAGGGGUUCAGAACAGGGGAAUAGCCUUAAAUUUAAACACGAAUGAGAUGCAAGUACCAAGAUACAUGGAGGAGGGGAAUGAUACGCUCCAAGAAAAAGUAGAGCUGUCAGUGCUGGUGAAGGAAGUAGCCGCAGACUUGGCGGAGAAUCAAAAGCCCGACAAAGGUGGGGAAGUAGGCACAGAAGUGUAUGACAAGACACCCCAGCACAAACCAAGAAGGAAGAAGCACAGGCCGAAAGUGGUUGUCGAAGGCAAAGCUAGAAGCAGAUGUACGCCCAGAACCCCAAGCAACACUCCAGGCACAGAGGAGGAGAGUAAGACUAAAAGGAGGAGAAGGACUAACAUGCAGAGAAAAGUAGUAGAGAAACCUGCUACUGCAGCCACCACUCCCUCAGACGAGGGUCCAAACGUAAUAAACCAUCUGCCCGCCUCCACCACUCCUAAUGAAACAUCGAAAGUGGGGAGAAAGCGCUGUAAAAGAAAACAAGGGCCUGCAGCCACCACCCCUACAUGUGAGGGUUCAAUUGUAAUAGAUCUUGACACUGAUUCCGACGAGAGCCUGCAAGUGGGGACAAGGCAUCCUGCUGGGCCACCAGCAGCAGCAGCAAAAGAGGCUUCAAAUAUAACAACAUAUCUUGAAAAUAUGCCCACCGGUUCCAAUCACGCGAAAAGAAAGUAUGGUAGGAAAAAUCAAGGUAGCAAGUCCAAGAAAUGUUACAACAUGGGAGAGGAGGGGUGCAGGGAAACUACUACUUCUCGACCAGAAGCAGUUUCUCGCCCCAAAAGGAUGAACAUGUGCAAGCGAUCAAUAUAUUUUCCCCACUAUGACGGAAAUGAGGAUUUCCCAGACCCAUCUCCAUACCCUGCAGGAAAAUCCCCAGAAACUACUACUUCUCGACCAGAAGCAGAUUCUCGCCCCAAAAGGAUGAAAAAGUGCAAGCGAUCAAUAUAUUUUCCCCACUAUGACAUAAAAAAGGAUUUCCCAGACCCAUCUCCAUACCCUGCAGGAAAAUCCCCAGAAACUACUACUUCUCGACCAGAAGCAGUUUCUUGCCUUAAAAGGAUGAACACCUGCAAGCGAUCAAUAUAUUUUCCCCACUAUGACGCAAAUGAGGAUUUCCCAGACCCAUCUCCAUACCCUGCAGGAAAAUCCCCGGAAACUACUACUUCUCAACCAGAAGCAGUUUCUCGCCCCAAAAGGAUGAACAUCUGCAAGCGAUCAAUAUAUUUUCCUCACUGUGACGCAAAUGAGGAUUUCCCAGACCUAUCUUCAUACCCUGCAGGAAAAUCCCCGGAAACUACUACUUCUCGACCAGAAGCAGUUUCUCGCAGCAAAAGGACCUGCAAGAGAUCAAUAUUUCCCCCCCACAAUGACACAAAUGAGGGUUUCCCAAACCCAUCUUCAAACCCUGCAGGAAAAUUCCAUGUGCUGCAGCAACUGUUUCAACAAGAACAAAAAGAUGAUGCUCAACUGACUGAAGUGGACAUUGCUUAUGAAGACACAAAUCGAAUGAACAGUCAGAUCAGGAAGUCCCUUUUACAGCCAGGAAUACAAGUUCCUCUUGAUCCAUCAACUCCCAGCAAGUUCGAUCCAUCGUACGACCACUUGAUGAUGGCUGGACAUCAAGUGAGAGGAAAGUGUAAAUUCAUUUUUUCAGAUGACAGAGAUAAAAGUAUGUAUGUUGGACCACAAUGUUUGAAGGGUAGCCAUAACAGCUCCUCUAACUUUCGCAGCCACAAUGUAUUCUCGACUGAGAGAGCCACAGUAAGUGAGUCGAAGACGUGGCAGGACUCAAGCUUUGCUGAAGAAGAAAAGUACAAUACAAAUGUUGCUGGACUUCAUUGGAAUUCUUUGCAGGCAUACAAACAAUUUCUUUCACUCGAUCGAGACAUGAUGGACAGAAUCAGUGGGAUGCAUUUUCCUACAAUUCAUAAGAAUAAAAGGACUGAGAAGGGGCACGUUCCUGCAUCGCCUUGUGCUAAAAGUAUGGAAACUGAAGCUCACCACAUGACCCAUGCAUGUCAAUUUGAGGAAGGUGCUUCCUUGGCUAAAAAAGCUGCAAGCGGAUCUCCGCCUCCCAUGCACCUUCCCACAUUGAACAUUGACAUGUUGAAAAGGAAAAGAUCAAAAGGUCUCACUCGGGUGUGUGAUGCGGCAUCCUUGGAUGAGAUUUACAAUCCCUUCCCAAAUUCAUCAUCUAGAAAAGCAGCAGCAAAACAGAAACAACAACAAAUGACGAUGUUCAACGAUUCAUGCAUGAUUAUGGGAACUCAUGUUGCUGAUGCUUGCCUAACCAUGGUCACAAAAAAGCAUGCAAAAAGAAACAGUCUUAAUGGCCAUCUGCCUGCUCUCACAUGGAAAGACAUUUCUCCAAUUGACGAAAUUGUGCAACGGCUAAGAUGUCUCAACAUAAAUGAUGAUCAUCAAGGUCGGUACAAUCUUGGUACUGGCAAUGCCAAGUACCAAAGGGAAACUUCCCUCGUUCUUUAUCGAAGAGAUGGAACCAUUGCCCCUUUUGUAGAGGUUAAAAAGAGGAGACCUAGGCCAAAAGUUGAUCUUGAUGAUGAGACAACUAGAGUGUGGAAACUCUUGCUGCAAGAUAUAAACAGCCAAGGCAUAGACGGAACGGAUGAAGAGAAGGCUAAGUGGUGGGAAGAAGAGCGGAAAGUGUUCCGUGGAAGAGCAGAUUCCUUUAUCGCCCGCAUGCGUCUUGUCCAAGGCGACAGGCGCUUCUCGCCAUGGAAGGGGUCUGUCGUAGAUUCUGUGGUUGGGGUUUUUCUAACUCAAAAUGUUUCGGAUCACCUCUCCAGUUCUGCUUUCAUGUCACUUGCUGCAAGGUUCCCGCUGAAAUCUAAUACCAGAGCAGAAUUUCAUGGAGAGAGAACAAAUGUGAUUGUUGAAGAACCAGUCUGUGUGAUGGACCCUGAUGAAAAAAUUACAUGGCAUCAAGGUCCCUCUAAUAAACCAACUCCUGGUCAAGAUUCCAUGGCUCUCAGGGACACGGGUGGGAAUGAAGAAGUUAUCAACAGUGAGUUGACUGAAGAUACCUUGGAUUUUGUUAUGUCAACAGAAAGAUCUACAGCCAAAGGUUUCAGUUCUGAGAAAUAUCGAGAUGUUUAUCAUGGAUUGACAUUAGAUAGGCCGGCAAGUUGGACCAACAAGGAAGAGGCAAGUUCCCACAGCAGCCAAACAGAAACAGACAUUGUAUUGUCCUCUCAGAAUUCUGGAGUUUUCUCACAGAGCUCUGUGGACUCUUCACGUGUUCAAACUGCUGACAGAAAAGAAUCCACCAUUCUUAGCAGCACUAAAUCUUUCGUCCAACUAUUAGAGAUGGCAGGAACUUCCAUGCUACAUGGGGUGUACCAUCAGGAAAACAGCUUAGUUAAUAUGGACAUGCUAAACCAAGGAACGGAUUAUUCUAUGGAGUUGCAGAAGAACAGGGAAGAUGGCAGGGGCUCUUUAGACACCAUUGCUUCUUGCAGUACUGAUGACAAACUUCCUGGAGAACACUAUGCCCCUGAACAAAGUGAUUCGUCAACAAAGUCACUGAACCAAGCAACUAAUCAGGAGAUCCAACUCCUACCUGGUCAAACUGACAAGCCUUGCAGUAGUAAUCAAAUUGAGAUGAAUGUGAGAAUAGAGAACAAUCCAACAACAGGUUUCAAUUUGCCGAUUCAUACUGAAGAAAGUAACUAUUACGUGCCGCUAGAUCACAAGUGCCCUACAUCAUUGGAGAUUCAGGUUAUCACAGAGAGAGCUGGCAGUAGCAUUGUUCGUUCACAAUCGAUUUCAGAUGGCCAGAAUAACAGAAAUCUUGAUACUGUUGAUAGAAUGAGCAGCAAGACCUCUAGAUCAAAAGGGGGGAGGCCUCGGAGAGAGAAAGAGGAAUUAGUGAAUUGGGACAUAUUAAGGGAAGAGGCUCAGGCAAGUGGAAAGAAAAGAGAGAAAACAAUGAACACAUCGGACUCAUUGGACUGGGAAGCGGUAAGAUGUGCUAAUGUCCAUGAGAUUGCAGAAACCAUCAAAGAGAGAGGAAUGAACAACAUGCUCGCAGAGAGAAUACAGGAGUUCCUAAAUAGGCUUGUUAAAGAACAUGGUAGCACUGAUUUAGAAUGGCUAAGAGAUGUUCCACCAGACAAAGCAAAAGAGUAUCUACUGAGCUUCAGGGGGUUGGGUUUGAAAAGUGUGGAGUGUGUCCGGCUUUUGACGCUCCACCAUCUAGCUUUCCCAGUUGACACAAAUGUUGGACGGAUAGCUGUAAGACUUGGGUGGGUGCCUCUGCAGCCAUUGCCUGAGUCACUACAAUUGCACCUUCUAGAGCUGUACCCAAUCUUGGAAUCCAUCCAAAAGUAUCUUUGGCCACGACUCUGCAAGCUUGAUCAAGGAACACUAUACGAGCUGCAUUACCAUAUGAUAACAUUUGGGAAGGUGUUUUGUACAAAGAGCAAACCAAAUUGUAAUGCAUGUCCAAUGAGAGGAGAAUGCAGACAUUUUGCAAGUGCAUUUGCCAGUGCAAGGCUUGCACUUCCUGCUGCACCAGAGGAAAAAAAAAUCGUGAAAGCAAUUGAAAGCAGACCCACUCAACAAAACCCAAGAGACAAUAUCAGUCUGCUGCAGCUGUCCUUACCUGAGAGCAGCAGCUAUCCAGAAACAGUAGCACAGUAUGGUGGCAGCAACUCCCAACCUAUUAUUGAAGAGCCAGCAACACCAGAGCCCAUAGUUGAAAUUCCUGACACACCAGUGCAAGAGCAAACACCUGACAUUGAGGAUGCAUACAAUGAUGAUUCUAAUGAAAUUCCAACGAUUAAUCUAAACCUGAUUCAGUUCGCUCAAAACGUAAAGAUGUUUGUGCAAAACAGCAUGGAGCUUAAUCAUGUUGAAAUGUCAAAUGCUUUGGUUGCAUUAACACCUGAAGCUGCUUCCAUUCCAAUGCCUAAACUCAAAAAUAUUAGCCGGCUCAGAACCGAACAUCAUGUCUAUGAGCUUCCAGAUCAUCAUCCUCUUCUAGAUGGGUUAGAAAAAAGAGAUCCAGAUGAUCCCUGCUCUUACCUUUUGGCCAUAUGGACACCUGGUGAAACUGCAAGCUCUAUUCAGCCCCCAGAAAGGCUUUGUAAUUCCCAAGAACUUGGCAAGCUAUGUCAUGAGGAAACCUGCUUUGCAUGCAAUAGCUUUCGAGAAGCAGAAUCUCAAACUGUGCGUGGGACAAUUCUGAUACCCUGCCGAACAGCAAUGAGAGGAAGCUUUCCCUUAAACGGAACAUACUUUCAGGUCAAUGAGGUGUUCGCUGAUCAUGAAUCCAGCCUAAACCCAAUUGAUGUUCCAAGAGAUUGGUUGUGGGAUUUACACCGCAAAACUGUGUUCUUUGGAACCUCAAUACCAACAAUAUUCAAAGGCCUAUCGACUGAAGAUAUCCAACAUUGCUUCUGGAGAGGGUAUGUUUGUGUACGAGGGUUUGAACGGAAGACACGAGCUCCUCGACCACUAAUGGCACGAUUGCACUUUCCAGCCAGUAAAAUGGCAAAAACGAAGAUGAGUACGGAUGAAACCAAGGCUUAACCCUGCUGCUUCGGGCAUAGACACUUCAUAGCCGCAGCUCAUUACAGAUGAUGGUGGCGCAUCAUUUGAUGACACCUAUUAUAAUUAUGCUGCUGCUUUUCAGAAAUAGCUAGGCAUUUAGUUGUAAAUAUAUUCUAAAAAUUCCGAGUAAUGAUGUAAUCAUUUGUUCCUCAAAACUAUUAGACAGAAGAGAAGUAGUACUAAUGUAUCCGUCAAAUAAGGAGUGUUGUCUCACAUCGGUUAGCACUGAGCAAAGGCUAUGUUGACCUUUUUUUAUUCCUUCAUCACGUCGGGUAAAAUAUUUAUUUUUACACUCGUACACACAAUGCGAGAUAACUCAUGCCUAAUAUAAAAGAAGAAUUAAUUGCAUAUAUGAUUA